GUACUGUAUCCCCCUCGCAUACCCGUCACCAUGGACCUCCUCUAGCUGCAGUGACUUCCGACGAAGCCCUCCAGUUUCCAAUCGACACAUCAGUCUUGUAAAUAUAGCCGUGCAUCACAUCUAGCCUAUCAUACCAUUCCACGUCCGAGAAAUUAUGGCCCUGCAAAGACUUUCCAAAGCGGCGCGAGUCAUACUGGUCGGCGCACCAGGCGUGGGCAAGGGCACGCAGAGCGAGCGCCUGAUGCAGAAGUUCUCGGAGAUCAAGCAGCUCAGUUCAGGCGACCUGCUGAGGAAGAAUGUGAAGGAAAAGACACGUGCUGGUCUCGAGGCCGAGUCCAUCAUGAAAUCCGGCAAACUGGUGUCGGACAGCCUGAUACUGCGCCUCAUUACUGAUGAGCUGACGACCCGUGGGUGGAUACAGAGCGGCACCGGAAAAUCAAAGUACACAUUCUCAGACCAGCCCUCAGCGUCGUUCAUACUGGACGGCUUUCCGCGAACCGCAGUACAAGCCGUCCAGCUUGACGACAUUGUUCCCAUCAAUCUGGUCGUCAACCUCAACACCCCCACCGACAUCAUCAUCGACCGCAUCUGCAAUCGAUGGAUCCACGAACCUUCUGGCCGCGUUUACAACACUACGUUCAAUGCGCCCAAGGCGGAUGGCAAGGAUGAUGUGACGGGGGAAGCACUGGUUCGACGAGCUGAUGAUGACCCGGAAGUGUGGAAGGCGCGCUUGAAGAGUUUCAAGGAGACCAGCACACCUCUGCUGGAGCACUACGACAAACUCGGUAUAUUAUGGACAGUGAAUGGAAACAGCAGCGACGAGAUUACUCCUCAGAUCUUUGAGGAGUUUGGGAAGCGAUUUGGCGUGCCUUAGAGCGG